AUGCCCAGUGUUACACGACAGCCGUUUGGAGGUAACACGCCGCAACAACAUGCGCUCAUUGGCAAGCCUCAGAAUGACAUUGCAGCGAAACGUCAGGACCCAAAGCAGACCUUAUGCAGCACUCUGAAAUCUCUGCUCAAUCUGGUGUUACAGCUGUCGAUAGGAUGGGAGCGGAGUAUACUCAGACCUAUAACAUAG